CUUCCGCUGUUCUCGUUCUGUCCAACAUGUCGCCUUAGAGUCGCUGUUAUUGUUCAUCGCUCCUUCCAGAGUUUUCAGCUCGUUUAAUGAAACCGAAGCUGAGCCAGAAGCCGGAGCGGGAAUGAGAGGAAGAGCCGGAGAUAAUGUUGAGGUCCACUGGCUUCUUCCGAGGGCUUGACUGUCCGUUUUUCUCGGACGAAAUCGGCUGCAAUCGACCGUACUGUCACUUCAGGCACAGCCAGCAACGACGCUCGUCUUACGGAGCUCCGGUAGACGCGAAGAGGCAGAAAGACGUCCAGUUCGAGCAGAAAGAACAAGGAUACGAUCCCUUCAACCCAGAAGUUGUGACAUCACAGGAGCAGCAGAAUGGAGAUUUCAGCGGCGCGUUGGAGCUCGUCAACAAGGCCAUCGAGGAAGUCCGCAGCCAGGUGGAGAGAGAGAAGAGGAAACUCUCUCGCAUCGGGGAUGAACCAUACAAUCCCACCGAGAGCGCCAGUUUGUCGUCAUCUAAUGUUGCUAAAAGUAGAGCAGCAGGUUUGCACUUGGCUUACGAUCCUGGGAGUUAUCAGAUCACAUCAGGAGGAUAUAAUCUCACUCCUGGGUGCAGCAAGUACACCUUGGAUUCAGACAUUCAGGGCCACAACAGCAACUCAAUGGAAUACGUUCCUACUUCCCUGAAAAGGUCUUUAACUCAGACACAGGUAAUGCAACCUCCCUCUCCUCCGCCCAGCCCAAAAUAUUCAAAAAACACAUCCUUCAAAUACACUGUAGAUAAAUCUAGACCCUCUACAGACAUGGAGUAUGACCCGCUGUCCAACUACUCAGCUGGAAUCACAGCGAAGAGCAAGAAGGAUGAGGGUGCCUCCAUUAAAACGGAUUAUAGCAAAGCAUGCACAGCAUCUGGGACUGUUUUGUCGAAUAAGGGUUGCGUUUCAGCUUUAAAAAAGCCUCUGCCGCCUAGUCUAGACACAAAGAAGUACACCAUCUCUGACUCUGAUGGGGAGAGUUCUGGGACAGAGUAUCGACCAACGUCGCUAAGCAAUCUCCAACAAAAAAAAGCAAAUGGAUCAGCGAAGGAGGCUUUUAGGAAAGACAUGACAGAACGUUUGCAAUGUGCAUUAACGAAAAAGAUAAAAGAGGACUCGGGCAUUCAGGAAAUUGUUAAACAUAAGGACUUCUCUGACAAAAGGAAGGCGGCAGAUCCAACUAGUCACGGGAAAAGCAGCAAAUCUGAGACUGUGCAUAAACCUGAGAAGGAAACUGGCAAAUCAUCUGGUCAAAAGAGCGCCAGUAUUAGUAAAGACAAAGGACCGAUAAAAAACUCAAACCAAGUCUGUGUGAAAAAAGAGAACAAGAGUCAUGGCAAGAUAGAGAAUAGUAAAAACACAACAAAGGUUAAGGCAUCAGAUAAAGUCCAGAGGGAAAGCAGAGAUGAAAAGAGAAGUGAAGCCAAGCUCAAGACUUUGGAAAAAACUAAAAUGGACUCCAGCAAACAAGAUAAAGAUGCACCAGAAAGCAAAAAACUCAAAACAUCAGACAGAGGAAAAGAGCACAGCAAGCAUAAGGACCGCCAACACAAAAAUGGCAAACUUGACCGUAAACGAGAAAAAGAUGUAAAGAAAAUGAGCAAACCCAGUUGUAGCAGCAGUAAAGUCAGUUCAGCAAACACCAAAGAUAAAGCAAAGCAAAACACCAGCUCUUCACACGAAAAGAAGCUUGGGAAUAAAAAGCAGAGUCUGAGUUUGAGCCACGCAGAUCUGUUUGGAGACGAGAGCCCAGAUGAGGCUGAGCCGAUUGUGAUGGACGACGACGACGACGAUGAUGUAGAAGAGGUCCUGGUGAGGAAAUCAGCCGAUGCAGUAAAGAGGGGAUGUCUGAACAAAAGGAAGGCUGUGGAACGCUCCCCAUCUUCCUCCGAGGAUGACCUCAGUAUGGAGUGCAGCAAGACGAGUUGGGAGAGGGCCGAUGGUGCUGAAAUGGACUUUUCCAGGUUCCAGGAUGACCUGGACUUUGACUCAGAUCCCAUGGAGGAGUGUCUGAGGAUCUUCAAUGAAUCCAAACAUGUGAAGAAGGAAGACAAAGGAAGGCAAGCAAAGCAGCCAUCAAGAGAUUCAGAGGAGGAGAAAAUAACAGACAGCACUUUAACCACUCUCUUUCCUGGUCAGAAGAAGAGAGUGUCCCAUUUUGUUGCCAAAGGAAAUACUGAAGCACCUUCAAAGUCUGUGGUACGACUGUAUAAGAGACCCACGCCUCAGGAGAUGUGCUUUCAGCGUAUGCAGCUCGCUCAGCAGCAAGCUGCUCAGCUUUCCGCUUCAGUCCAAGCUGCCCCGAAGAGCUCCAGCCUUGGCGUUUCUGGAGAAAAAAAGAGGAUAGCUCACCGGCCCAACCCACAGGCUGCACCAUCUAAGACAAGUCCUGCACACGAUAAACCAGCUACCAGUCGAGUUUUAUCCCCCAGUCAGAGCCUUCAGGGUGUCAAGACCCAAACCUCAGCUGGGAUUCUGUCCAAGACCUCAUCUACUGUCACACAGAAGAGGGUGGCUCACACACCCACCUUGAAGAGCACCUCGAUGAAGCGUCCGGUCAUCCCUAUUGAGUUCGGAGCGAAAGUUCCCACGAACGUCCGCCAGCGCUACCUCAACACUUUCAUAGACGAGUGUAUCAAAUUUUGUGCCUCGGAGGAAGCUGCCUUCCACAUGGCCCUUGACGAGGAGAAGCUGGUGUAUGAGCGCAGCAGCAGCAAGAGCAUCUACCUCAACGUAGCCGUCAACACGCUGAAGAAGCUCCGAGGCAAAAGCUGCCCUUCUCCUUCGCCUUCAAACAAAGAAGCUACAGGAGCUAAAAGGAAGCCCCAGUCCCACGAGGAGGUCCUGGGCGGUCGUCUUGCAGCGACGACCAGCUUCACUGUCAACAGGUCUGGUAAACAGCAGGAGGAGAGGCUCGUUGGAGCCGUCCUUUACAGGAAGCUGAAGGCGUACUUGAUGUCAGAGGAGGAGCUCCAGGAGCACGGAUACCCACGGCUAAACCCCGAGGCCUCCGGGAAGGCUGUCAUUCACAACCUGCCAGAGAAAAAGAUUAUCUUGGACCCCUUUAACAAAAUAUGCUGUCGCUGUGGCGCAGAGUAUAAGGUCAACGUAAAAGGCAGCUGUGUGCGUAAAGAGGAGUGUAGCUAUCACUGGGGGCGUUUACGCAGACAUAAAGUUGCUGGAGGCUGGGAGACGACAUACAGCUGCUGCUCCACAACUGUAGGAGCUCCAGGAUGCCAACUCGCAAAGCAACACGUUCAGGACGCCCGAAAAGAGUCGCUCGAUGGUUUCGUGUCGACGUUCAGCAAACCGCUUCCCCCAGACGGAAACGGAGGAGUGUUUGCUUUGGACUGUGAGAUGUGCUACACAAAGCAGGGUCUGGAGCUGACGAGAGUCACCGUCAUCGACUCCGCGAUGAAAGUCAUCUACGACACGUUCGUCAAGCCUGAGAGCAAAGUGGUCGACUACAACACGCGAUUUUCAGGCGUCACGGAGGAAGACCUGGAGAGCGUCACCAUCACUCUGAGAGAUGUUCAGGCUGUGCUGCUCUGCAUGUUCAGGGCCGAGUCCAUCCUCAUCGGACACAGCCUGGAGAGCGACCUCCUCGCUCUGAAGCUCAUCCACAGUUCAGUCGUAGACACAUCCGUCGUGUUUCCUCACCGCCUUGGUUUGCCCUACAAACGUGCCUUGAAGAACCUAAUGGCCGAUUACCUCAAACGCAUCAUCCAGGACAACGUGGAGGGCCACGACUCGAGCGAAGACGCGUCCGCCUGCAUGGAGCUGAUGCUCUGGAAGAUCAAGGAGGAUACAAAGGUCAAAAGAUGACCCACAACCCCUCCCUCUGCGCGUUGAUCAGUUUAACUUCCUGUCUUCAUGCGAGUCGCAGACAAACGCAGGAGUUCAGGAGGCGAACGCGACGCGGGGUUUAGAGGGCUGUCGACGUCGUUACACUGUGUCCAUAAAGAGUCGCCAUCACCGUCAAAGCAAUAGGAAACAAAAUGAACAUGACUUUCAUUAACUUGUUGAUACUUUAGUUUUUGUUAGAUUAAAACUAUUUUGUUUAUUUGAGCAGUGUUUUUUAAGGCCUCGGAUUUGUUCGUAAACAAAACGUUUGUAUGGAAGGACUUGAAAAGCAGGGGCAUUG